CUCGUGAAGCAACCACUCCAGGGAUCUGUUCACCGGGGUGCGAGCAUCAUCGCUGCUCCGAGGUUGGCCUUCAAAGCUGGCGAGCGCGGCAAGAGACUGGCCCUGGAGCCGAGAGGCGAACACGGGGUGGAGUCGCCGCGGAUGACAGCGGCAGGGCUACACCUGUUGCAAUGUUAGCACGCCCCACAGAGAAGGCAGCACUGGGCACGGACCUCUGCUCCCAGACCCACUGGGCAGGGCAGGGCCGCUUGAGAAGGGGAGCCAGGGAUCAUUUUGAACCCACAGAACAGCGGUCCGCCCUCGUGCUGCCGCGGAGCCUGUGUGCCCGGGCGACAUCCAAGUCGGUGGCAGAUCUACCUCUCCGCCCUGUCCCUCCGUCCGCUCUUGGCCCAAACCGGUCCCAGCCCCUAAGUCCUGGUGCAUCGGGAGGAUAGAAGAUCGGCGGGACAGUCACUAAUACGCACCGCAGAUGCAUCUGAAGAGGCACGGAAGACAGCGGACAGAGCUUGGAAAGCGAUGGUCCAAGGAACCCGGACCUUGAUGCUCAGCUUACCCACCGAUUCUGUCUGAGCCCACGGCCUUUUCUUCAAGACGAGUUCAAGUUCUCUGGAGUUUGCCUUGAAGGAGCGCCACGCCCCCUCCCCAAUCUGAGCAGGAUCAGGAGGCCGGGUGAAUCCCGGGCGCCCGCACCCUCUUACCGAGCCAAAGCAGACUCUGCGCCCCAACGCUCUGAUCUUCGGCCUUAAGGAGAACUCCAGGGCGGACUGGGAGGCGGUGGGGACAAAGCGGAUUCGAAACCACGAGUCCAGGCAGACGUGCGGAUCUGGUGCCACAGGGACAGUCAAGAGCAGCAGCCUGGAGAUCCACGCUGCUUGGGGGAGCGCGCUGCGGGCAUGGGAGAGCCGGCACGCGGAGCGGGCUAAGGGCCGGUAAAGCGGGAUCCUCCCAGGGCGUGGGCACGAGUCCGCGGGCGGUGGCCCUCGCGGGGUUGUCUUUCAGUGCCAUGGCCGGCCGCAGUUGUGGCUGUGGCCCGGGCCACCUGAAUGAGGACAACGCGCGCUUCCUGCUGCUAGCAGGGCUCAUCGUGCUCUACCUGCUGGGCGGCGCCGCUGUCUUCUCGGCGCUGGAGCUGGCACACGAGCUGCAGGCCAAGCAGCGCUGGGAAGAGCGCCUGGCCAACUUCAGCCGCGGCCACAACCUAAGCCGCGAGGAGCUGCGAGGCUUCCUCCGUCACUAUGAGGAAGCCACCAGGGCGGGCAUCCGCAUGGACAGCGUGCGCCCUCGCUGGGACUUCACGGGAGCCUUCUACUUCGUGGGCACUGUGGUGUCCACCAUAGGGUUUGGGAUGACAACACCAGCCACAAUAGGAGGGAAGGUCUUUCUGAUCUUCUACGGUCUCAUUGGAUGUGCAAGCACCAUCCUCUUCUUCAACCUCUUCCUCGAGCGGCUGAUCACAGUCAUUGCCUACGUCAUGAGAUCCUGUCACCAGCAGCAGCUGCGGAGACGUGGGGUAGUGACCCAGGACAACAUGAAGGCCCCUGAGAAGCGUGAAGCCGACAGCCUGGCUGGCUGGAAGCCCUCUGUGUACUAUGUCAUGCUGAUCCUAUGUUUGGCAUCCGUGGCCAUCUCUUGUGGAGCCUCGGCUCUGUACGCCACCAUGGAAGGCUGGAGCUACUUUGACUCUCUCUACUUCUGUUUUGUCGCUUUCAGUACCAUUGGCUUUGGGGACCUGGUCAGCAGCCAGAAUGCUCAGUACGAGAGCCAGGGACUCUACCGCUUCGCCAACUUCUUCUUCAUCCUCAUGGGUGUCUGCUGUAUCUACUCCCUGUUUAAUGUCAUCUCCAUCCUGAUCAAACAGACUGUGAACUGGAUCCUGAGGAAACUGGAUAGUGGGUACUUCCCACAGUGUCAGAGAGGACUCCUGCGGUCCAGGAGGAAUAUGGUGAUGCCCGGCAACAUCCGGAACAGGUGCAACAUCUCCAUAGAAACGGAUGGGAUGAUGGAGAGUGACACGGAUGGGCGACGUCUCUCAGGGGAGAUGAUCUCCAUGAAGGACACCAACAAGGUCUCACUGGCUAUCCUGCAGAAGCAGUUGUCCGAGAUGGCCAAUGGUGGACCCCACCCGUCCAAUUCAUCCUCCAGGGAUGAUGAGUUCUCAGGGGGUGUGGGAGCCUUUGCAGUAAUGAAUAACAGGUUGGCAGAGACAAGCGGAGAUAGGUAGGAACCAGGAGUAGCUACUAGAUGAAGAGACCCAGGGGCAGGUGGAGGACAAGACACUGUCACGCCCCCAGUGAGCUCAGCUGUGUCCCUGGCUGUUGCUAUCCGCUUCUCAAGUCCAGCUUUUGAAAUCUGAUCUUGGCCUCAGGCAACAGCAACCUCUCAAGGUUAGGAACUGGAGCCUCCUUGCCUGCCUCUUAUUUUACUCUUGAAUUCCAAGUUUUAUAUUGCUGAGGUCCUCACCAUCCCCCAGAGUUUUAAUUGUCUGCCGGAGACGGGUUUCCCUCCAGCUUUAAUUUCCCCAUGAUGGGCCGUCACUUGGGAAGCAAAGCCCUGAAGAGCCUAAAUUCUAGCAUGAAACUGUGAAUGGCUGAGUUCACCACUUCACCAGCCCCAAUCUGGGCCUCCCAAGCAUAUUUGUUGUUGGUUCCAUAGAUGGGGAAAAGCAUCAAAUCUUCUCUUUAUACCCGCUUCUCGGUUUGGGAGUCUUUGGUUUAUUGUUUUCUUUGGUUUGUUUUGUUUCCUGUUUGGCUAAUGUAUCUUUGGGAUCUUAUGCGAUAAGAAAAUUAAUUCAUCUUCGAGACAUUAAGGCGCAGCAGGGUGACAGCAGUGAGUCAAGGGAGGAGAGCAGCUCCCUGUGUAACUAGAGCCCAGAGCUUAGUUAACAUGUCCUCUUUGAAUGGCUACACAGACUGUCAUCUCACCAGGGCUUGGAGCCUG